AUCAAUGUCAAUUGCUUCUGUUUAUUUUUCAGCUGAUUAUAAAAUAAUAAAAUUUAAAGAAUACAUGUAAUGCAAAUAAAUGUGAACUAAUUAUUGUUCUUUUAUUAUCAGUUGAUAGGGUAUUUUUACUAAAAUGCCGAACAAAGACUUGACAGGCAGUCCUGCCCAACAUGGAGGGGCCAAAGUACCGGUGCCAACCCCAAAGGCAUCUGUUAGCAAGGCAGUCACAAAAGAAGUGGCAAUGGUCCCGCCCAUAGUGGUGCCGGAUGCCGCGGCGGAGGGUGAACGCACCGAGCUGCUGGGCUCAGUGACCACAGUGCAGCAGCAGCGCACCAGCGCAAGGGUCAUCAAAAAACUGAGGCUCGAACCGCCCGCAGAUAAAAGAGAAAUUUCAGAAUGUGAAACACCAAGCAAAGACGUUGAUAAAGAACCACCGCCGUUCCCCACGGUGAAGCAACGUAUGCCGAAAGCGCUCUGGUCCGCGGACGAAAAGAGCCUGUUUUUCGAAGCCCUGAACGAGUACGGCAAGGAUUUCGAUGCGAUCACCUCGUACAUUCGCGCCAAGAUGAAGAAGAAGGGAAUGCCGGACGCCAACCUCAAGACUAAGACGCAAGUCAGCCACUUUUACUACAGGACCUGGCACAAACUCUCCAAGCAUGUACACUUUGAUGAGAACGUUAAGAAAGUGGCCCAGGAGCUGUACGCACUAAUAAACUACGGCGAGCUGCGUCGCAAGCUGACGUCGGUGAACGAGAAGACGUGCGCGCGGCUGGGGGAGAUGGUGCGCGGCGGCAGCAUGGCGGUGCGCGCGCGCGGCCGCACGCUGCGGGUGCGCACGCCCAUGUGUCGCGCCCUGCGCAGGCUCAACCACAUCGCAGAGCGUGCGUGCGGUGCGCGCGUGUGCUCGCGUGCGACGGUGUGGCUGCGGGCGCGGUGCGCGGCGGGGUGGGCGCGCGUGCAGGCGGCGGCGCACAACCCGCGCGCUGUCGUCACGCUGCCGCUGCGCACGCGCCUGCACGCGCUGCUCCGUGCGCUGCACAAACGGUGGCGGCUUGCCGAUCACAAAGAAGACGGUAUAUCAGAGAACGGCUCAGUUAAAUUGGCAGAAGACACAAUCAAGGAAGAGGACGAUACAGAUCGUGUACCGUUUGGUGACAGUAAACAUGAAGAUUUAGAGAGUCACCUCAACUUACAGACUGACAGGAUUAUUGUACAAGAACAUCUGAGUGAGAAGAAAUUAGCACUACACGUGGGCCCUCGUCCUGGCGCGGAGAUCCAUCUGCCUAUAGUCAGCCCCAGCGAGAGUCUAUCAAGCCAGAAGAUCUGCUUCUCCUCUUACCUGGAGCGGAUGGGCACAUUGAUGCAGGACAAAGAUGGUGCCGCAAAAAUAAGAACACCGAAACGUCAACGUAAAGACAGCGUAUCAGAGAAAGAAGAUAACAAAAAGAUAAAAGCUGAGGAGAUUGAGCAGAAAAUUGUACACAUUGAUGAAACAGCUAUAGACGGUAUCGAGCUGAUGGCCAACUACAAAACUAUCAAGCAACCGGAAGUAGAAGAAAAGGCAAACGUGGAAGAUGAAAAAGAAGUUAAAUCAGAGGAGACGGCCGAAGAAGAAGAAAAAGAACCGGAGAGGGACAAAGAUAUGUCUGAGAGAGAAAAGGAUAGUUUUUCUGAGAUGGAAGAUGACGAGAAAUUUAACAAAAGUGACACAGACAAUGAAAGCGAUGGGAAAGUUGAUAAAAGCGGGAAAGGAAGGAAAUUUAAAAAUCUAAAGACAACUAUGUCCCAGGUAAAAUUCCGUAUUCGUCCAAAGAAACGUGGCGGGAGAGUAUACACUCUAGUGCUAGGUAAAGAGAACGAGGAGGCAAAGAAUGAGCAGGAGCAGAAGACAGAAGAAGAACAGAAGUCAGACGUGGAUGUGGAGACAGCUAUAAAGCAGAUUCGAACUGGUUGGAGUAUUUACGACGCUGGAGACUUGACUAUCGGAGAUUUGUAUCUUAUGUUCGGUUCCCGAUCCAGAUUAGAAUUGGACUACUGGUGGGCGGAACCCACACCUCCAUUGCCUCAACCAUUACAGAAAUCGCAAAGGAACACAGAUAUGGAGAAAAUAAUAAACAGUUUAGAUAAGGACAAACAUACGGAGAAGAAAGAGAAAGGAGUAGAGAUAGAAGAUGAGAAAGAGAGAGCGAGGGAGAGUGACACGGAUAUAUUCUCACCGAAGCACACGUUCAGUCAGGACAGCAAUGACGGAAUGUCGGGAGACGAGAGGAAAAGCGAGCAGCAAGCGUCCCCGGAGCACAAGUCAGCGGGCGCCGCCAGCACGCUCAAGCUGCUCUCCAAGCUCGUCAACCGGCCCGCGCCGCGUCCGCAGCACUCGCACUCGCCGCAACACGGCUUUGCUCUCAUGAGCGACCGUCUGAAGCGUCUGCUGGCGCUGGCGGGCAACCCGCUGGCCAGCGCCGCCGCCCCGCGCUGCGCCUGCGGGCACGUCUGUGCGCACACGCAGCGGAAACAGCAGAAGAGUGCGGCGAGCAACACGACCGCGGCGGUGUCGGCGGCCAGCGCGCCAGUGUUCCGACACCCCACACCCAUCGCACCGCGCCCAGCUCCUCACACUGACACUGAUGCUCGUCGUCCUGUCAACCUGGAGGGUCUGCCGCGCUGGAGACGAGGGCGGCCGCGCGGUGCGGCGCGCCGGGUGGUGGUGCAGCGCCUGCUGCCGCUGCUGCCCAAGCUGCCUCAGCCCAGCAAUCUCAUCCCUAUGAAUAUAGUACCUAAUUCUCCGCCGGCGCCGCCCAAAAUACUGCCCAAGCCACCGCCCACCUCCACAUCUGAUCUUUCAUUCUUCUACGUGCUGAGUGAAUCCAACGGGCAGUUCUUCUUCCACGACGGAGACAGACGUAUUCCUAUCACGCCGCUGCCGGGGAACGGCGCUGAUGACCACGAACAGGAUGAAGACGAUAUGAGAGAAAGUGAUGACAUCAAAGAGUAUAAGAUGGAUAUAACAGAAACUGAAGUCGCCAAGCCGCUGGACCCACAGCCUGAGAAGCAGCUCUCCACAGCUAUCGAGGACAACCAGAAUCAAGAUAUUGAGAACACUGACAUCGCUCACUUCCUACCGUCGGAGUCGAUGUCUUUGUCUCCGUCGCGGCUGCUGCACGCCGGCGGCUGGAUGGAGGGCGCCGUGCAGGACUUCUCCCUCAGCAGCUUCCUGGGGCAUCUGGAGGGUGAUGAGCCGCACCCACCACCUGUGGACUCUCAAAUACAGUCGCUAAUGGCGGAGUCUAGUGUCGACUACGUGGCAAAGUUCGCGGACCUGGCGGCAGAGGUCACCGACGAGCCUGUGCCUUAAGGCACGCUAAUUUAUAUUUUAUGGUAUUGAUAUAAGAUUUAAAAUGUUAAUUUGGACUUUAUAUGUAAGAUAUAAGAUCGUAAACGCAGUGAGCUGACCUCUUGACAACUCAAAGUUGUUUAGUUUUAAGAAAAAGUGAUUAAAAUUACAAUAUGCAU